AUGAGCCCAGCAACACCACCGGAUAUAGGGACGGUCUGUUACGUGCCCCCACAACGAGACGAUCAAGUCUACACCUCGCCUCCCCGCGCCCGGCAAAACCCUCUCGCCCUCGCCUGGCGGGAUCUUCGCACCCUCUUUUCUGUUCUCUACCUUCUCCCGAACCUCUUUUCCCCGUUCGCCACCAACGACCCAACCAACGAACUCUCCCUCAGCCCCCAGAACAUCUGGUACCUAGCUACAUUGACCUUCGUCACCAUUUUCGAAACGCUUUUAGGCUGUCUGGUUUUGGUGGCGGUGACGUUGUCGCCUGGAUGGAUGGGCACGGCGGUUUUCUGGGGGACGAUUGGGUUGGUAUGGGCGAUUUGCGCGCCGAUUCAGGGGCCAAUGAUGGUGGAGUCGCGGGUUGGGGUUGAAGAAGGAGAUGAGGAGGGGAUUGGGGAUAGUGUAAAUGGUAGGAAGGGUGAGAAGUGGAUUUUUGUGAAUGGGGUGAUGGUUGGAAAUCGCGGCCUCGCCAAUAACUGCGCCCGUCUCUCCCGAACCUUUGGCCGCGCGAUCACUGGAAUCCACAACCCUACCAAUGGCCUCGUCUGGGAUAUCAUCGAAUGCAUCUUCCAACGCUCGUUCGCCUACAACACCUACAGUAUACGCUAUACUUACGACCAUCUCAAACACUGCCUGACAGACCCAACAGUACACAAAGUAGUCCUAAUCGCCCAUUCACAGGGCGGCAUUAUAGUCUCCAUGGCCCUAGACCUCCUAUUCACUAUCCUCUCCGCCGAGAACAUGGCCAAACUCGAAGUCUACACCUUCGGCUCCGCUGCCGCACAUUUCAACAACCCCAUGCGCGCCAUCCAGACCACUUCCAUUCCCAUUUCCCCUUCUGGCCCUAGCGUGAGCUCACCCACGCGCCGCCGUCGCUCAAAAGGAGUCAUCAGGUAUAUUGAGCACUACGUUAACGGGGAGGACAUCGUUCCGCGAUGGGGUGUUAUGUACAACGUCCGCUCAGCCAAGACGCGGUAUAGUGGUAAAGUGUUUAUCCGGAACGGCGUGACCGGUCAUAUGUUCAAUCAGCAUUAUCUGGAUAAUAUAUUUCCGCUGGAUACGCGGCUGCUACCACCUGGACAUAAUCGGCCGGGUGCGCCUACGGGAUUCCUAGAUCAGGUGGUUAGUGUUGACGAGUGUACGUGUCGGGAUCGGGAGGCUUAUUAUGCUACUGUGGCGGCAGAUAAAACGGGCGGUUUUGAGUCGUCUGCUGCGGUAGGUGAGAACGGGGGUGAGGUUAUAUCAGUGGGCACGGGCGGUGGGUUUUGCGCGGAAGAUCCUGGUGAUGGUGAUGAUGAGGAUGACGAUAAGAAUGAUGGAGCUGGAAUGACUGUUCGUGACCUCAGCCGGUUGUGGAGAUAUCUUGGUGGUGCGGAUCCGGAUGUGGAUGAGAGGGGCCUGUGA